UUCAACUGAAACAUAUUAAACUCUGGAGACAUACUAUCCCACAGACUGACAGGCUUCUGGCUGCCACACCCACACAUGAGCUGCAGCAACUCUAUAAAGUCAGACGAUUCUGCAACUUACUUAAGGGAAGAGACUCUACUUCCAUCUUCACCAGGUCAUUCAGGAGUCAGAGUGGUGUGUAUAGAAGAGGAAAGGCCCAGAUCAGAGCUCUAACAUACUACAGUAACAUACAGGACCAUCUUCUGAGAGGAGGCCCAGAGGAUGUCUCGUUGGGGCCGUAAAGACGUGAAGAAGACUCCCGAGGUGAUCAGGACGGUAACAGAGGGGCUGAAGUCUCUGUACCAUCAGAAGCUCCUCCCCCUGGAGCAGCACUACGGUUUCCAUGACUUCCACUCCCCCUCUCUGGAGGACGCAGACUUUGACAACAAACCCAUGGUGCUGGUGGUGGGGCAGUACUCCACUGGCAAGACUAGCUUCAUCAAGUAUGUGUUGGAGCAGGAUAUCCCAGGAAGCAGGAUAGGACCAGAGCCCACCACUGACUGUUUCACAGCCAUCAUGCACGGUGAGGUGGAGGGAGUUAUCCCAGGCAACGCUCUCAUCGUCGACCCCAACAAACCCUUCCGCAAUCUCAACACCUUUGGAAACACCUUCCUGAACAGGUUACAGUGUGCCCAGCUGCCAAAUCAGGUCCUGGAGAGCAUCAGCAUUAUCGACACGCCGGGGAUCCUGGCAGGAGCAAAACAGAGGGUGAGCCGAGGUGAGAAGAGCAAGGCUCAGGAGUGGACAGGAAAAGGCUAUGACUUCCCAGCGGUGUUGCGAUGGUUUGCAGAGCGUGUUGACCGUAUCAUCCUCCUGUUCGACGCCCACAAGUUGGAGAUCAGUGAUGAGUUCUCCGAGGCCAUCGGAGCGCUGCGUGGAAACGAGGAGAAACUGCGUGUGGUCCUGAACAAGGCUGACAUGGUGGGAACACAACAGCUGAUGAGAAUCUACGGAGCUCUAAUGUGGUCUCUGGGCAAGGUGUUCAACAGCCCAGAGGUCGUGAGGGUGUAUAUCGGGUCGUUCUGGUCUGAACCACUGCUGGUCCCUGAUAACCGUCGUCUGUUUGAGCUGGAGGAGGAGGAUCUGUUUAGUGACAUCCAGAACCUUCCCCAUAAUGCAGCCCUCAGGAAACUCAACGACCUGGUGAAGAGGGCACGACUGGUCAGGGUGCAUGCCCACAUCAUAAGUUAUCUGAAGAAGGAGAUGCCAACCUUCAGGAAGGACAACAGGAAGAAGAACCUAAUCUACCAACUUCCUGUCAUCUUCUCCAAGAUCCAGCUGCAACACCACAUCUCUGCUGGGGACUUCCCUGACUGCGCCAAGAUGCAGGAGCAGCUGUUGACCCAUGACUUCAGUAAGUUCAAGCCCCUGAAACCGUCCCUGAUGGCUGCUCUGGACGAGCUGCUGGCAUCCGACAUCGCCAAGCUGAUGCCCCUGCUGCGCCAGGAGGAGGUCAACCUGGGGGAGCAGCCAGGGGUACAGGGGGGGGCCUUCCUGGGAACCCGCGCCGGGCCCUUCGUGGUGAACGACCCAUUCGGAGAAGUGGAGAAGGAGGGCGAGGAUGGGGGCGAGAUGGCCUGGGUGGUGACCAAGGACAAGCCCAAAUAUGACGAGAUCUUCUACAACCUGGUGCCCAACGAUGGCAAGCUGAGUGGCACCAAGGCCAGGGACUGGAUGGUGAGCACCCGGCUGCCAAACUCCGUCCUGGGGAGGAUCUGGAAGCUGUCGGAUGUGGACCGAGAUGGCAUGCUGGAUGAUGAGGAGUUUGCCCUGGCCAGCCACCUGAUUGAGGUGAAGUUAGAGGGGCAUGGUCUGCCACCCGAGCUGCCAGCACGCCUGGUGCCCCCCUCCAAGCGCAGGCAGAAAGGAUCUGAUAUAUAGAGAGACUACAUUAACCUACCCUUUGGAGCUGAGAGUAUAACCCUCUGACAGCUGACACACACACUACUGCCCCCCUAUGUUGUCCCCUACCUUGUCCCCUACCUUGUCCCCUACCUUGUCCCCUACCUUGUCCCCUGCGUUGUCCCCUACCUUGUCCCCUGCGUUGUCCCCCUACUUUGUCCCCUGCGUUGUCCCCCUACUUUGUCCCCUGCGUUGUCCCCUAGUUCCCUACAUUGUCCCCUAGUUCCCUACAUUGUCCCCUAGUCCCCUACGUUGUCCCCCUACUUUGUCCCCUGCGUUGUCCCCUACAUUGUCACCUAGUCCCCUACGUUGUCCCCUAGUCCCCUACAUUGUCUACGUUGUCCCCUGCAUCCCCUACGUUGUCCCCUGCAUUGUCCCAGUCCCCUACAAUGUCCCCAGUCCCCUACGUUGUCUCCUACAUUGUUUUCUAGUCCCCUACAUUGUCCCCUACGUCAUCCCCCAGUCCUCUACAUUGUCCCCUACGUUGUCCCCUACGUUGUCCUCAGUCCCCUACGCUGUCCCCAGUCCCCUACAUUGUCCCCUAUGUCAUCCCCCAGUCCUCUACGUUGUCCCCUACGUUGUCCCCUGCGUUGUCCUCAGUCCCCUACAUUGUCCUCAGUCCCCUACGUUGUCCCCAGUCCCCUAAAUUGUCCCCUACAUUGUCUUCUAGUCCCCUACAUUGUCCCCUACAUUGUCCCC